GACUUUUAUUGUAAAGAAUGAAAUGAUGGAAAUGGAGAAUUCCAUAAGAUACACAUAUCCAUCUUGAUGUUGCAGUUCACACUGCAGCAAUCUCGGUGAUAUCAGGCACUCUUCGGGAGGUGGUGGGGCUGCACUCAGCCAUUAUUUCUACUUGUGGUGUCAAUCUUUCUUCGAAUUUAUUUAUACUGAGAACCCUUUCAUACUAGAACUCGAAAACUGCACACUGCAGCAUAUUAUCAGACAGACAUGGCAAAGGCCAUUCUUCUUGCCAUUACAAAGGUAUCAAUGAUUCUACUAUUUUCCGGUUGGAUUUCCCUUUGGCUUCUAAAGCCCACACAACUGUGGACAAGGAAAUGGAAAGGAGCCGAAGAGACAGCUAGGAGUACUGUGCUUGGAUAUUAUGGUCUUGAUUUUCUUGUGUAUACAUUUCCCCUGAUUGCUUUGGCUAUAACCGGACUUGUUUACUUGGAUCUUAAAGCCAGGGAACCAAAAAACAGGCAAGGAAGGACUACACAUGUGACUUUCUCAAAUCCAGUGGUUGUGAACAGUCUUAUUGGUGUUCUCUCCGGUAUUGAAAUUCUGGCAGUGUUUCUAUUUGUCCUUUUCUUAGCAUGGACUUUCUAUGCCCACAUCUCUAAUGAUUUCAAGAAGUUGAUGCCAGACAAACAACUCAAGUUGAAUUUAUGGCAACUCAAGUACUUAAGAGUGGCAACCCGGUUUGGUUUGCUAGCAGAAGCCUGCCUGGCUUUGUUGCUUCUGCCAAUUUUAAGGGGGCUGGCAAUCUUUCGCUUACUUGGCAUUCAGUUUGAAGCUUCAGUAAGAUACCACAUCUGGGUUGGGACAGCAAUGCUAACUUUUGCCACUUUACAUGGUGCAAGCACCUUGUUCAUCUGGGGGGUCAGUCACCACAUUCAGGACGAGAUAUGGAAAUGGCAGAAAACUGGGAGGAUAUACCUUGCUGGGGAGAUUAGUCUUGUUACAGGGCUAGUGAUCUGGAUUACAGCACUUCCUCAGAUAAGGAGGAAAAAGUUUGAACUCUUCUAUUACACGCACCAUCUCUACAUAGUCUUCCUAGUAUUUUUCCUGUUUCAUGGUGGAGAUCGGCACUUCUAUAUGGUUUUCCCCGGAAUUUUCCUGUUUGGCCUUGACAAAAUACUCCGAAUCGUACAAUCAAGACCAGAAUCUUGCAUUCUUGCAGCACGUGUCUUCCCUUCCAAAGCCAUAGAGCUUAUUUUGCCCAAGGAUCCAAGCUUGAAGUAUACCCCGACAAGCGUGCUAUUUAUGAAGAUACCAAGUAUCUCCAAAUGUCAGUGGCACUCUUUCAGUAUAACCUCGAGCUCUAGUGUCAAUGAUGAUUCCAUGUCUGUCAUAAUUAAAUGUGAAGGAUGGUGGACAAACUCGCUCUAUGACUUGAUACAAGCUGAUCUAGACUCAGAUUCGGAUCAGACAAAGUGCAUACCAAUAGCAGUUGAAGGCCCUUAUGGACCUGCCUCGGUCGACUUCCUAAGAUAUGACAGUCUACUUAUGAUCGCCGGAGGAAUUGGGAUAACUCCAUUUCUAAGCAUUUUACAGGAAACUGCCUCGGCACAAAACAGUAGCAAAUAUAGAUUCCCCACAAGAGUGCAACUUAUAUAUGUUGUGAAGAAAUCUCAAGAUGUAUGUGUGUUAAACUCAAUCUCAUCUCUGGUCCAGAGCCAGUCAACUGAAAGAUGGCAUCUAAAACUAAAAGUUUUUGUGACUCAAGAAGUGCAAGAUGGUCCAACUGUAAGAGAACUUCUAUGUGAUUCAUCUCAAGUUCGAACUGCACAGUUCAACACAAAAUGUUCGAAUUAUGCAAUAUAUGGACUUGAAAGUCUACUCUGUAUUGCAGCCUUGGCUGGAUUUGCCUCCAUUGUUUUCCUUGUGUUCCUUAUUUGUCUCAAUCAUAUCUUUGUUCCCUCCCAAAAGAAGGCCUCCAAGGAAAAGACUCCUUCUUGGGUUGCUGAUCUACUUCUCAUAUCUUCAUUUGUCAUAGCUUUAAUAUGCUCCACUUUGGUGGCAAUCAUUUUGAGAUGGAGAAGGCUGAAGAAUGAGACUCCACUAAUCUUCCAAAAACAAGGCAAAGCCAUGGAUGUAGAAUCAAGGAUUGCCCUUGAGGAACAUGAAGUCCAUUUUGGAGGUAGGCCCGACUUCCAAGAUAUAUUUGCAAAGUUUCCAACUGAAACGGGUGGAUCUGAUAUUGGAGUCAUGGUGUGUGGACCUGAAUCAAUGAAAAAGUCAGUAGCUACAGUCUGCCAACAGAAGUCUCAAGGUUUCAAGAUUGGGGGCGCCAAGAAAAAUAAACCAUACUUCAGUUUCCACCCCCUCAACUUCACACUCUAGUGCAUCGAUCACAACCUAUAAAGUACAAGAUAGUGUCUAAUGUAAGCAUACCUCUACUGGAGAUCAUGAUAGAGGUUUGUCUAGAUUGCUUGCUUAUGUGAUUGGUCUUUAGGCCAUUAAGUAAGGAAUUGCAGCAUGUGCAUGUUUUAAUCCAGUACUAUACUAUACUAUACUAGGAAUUCCCUCAAGAACUUGGAACCCUUAGUAGUUCUUUUCUA